GUAAUUCAGUUGAGUUUCGGCAUUCGAUAUAAACACUCGGAUUGACAAAGUAUCAGAAAAAGAAGAUCGUUUGUUACGAUUUUUUUUUUUUUUUUUUCUAAUGUCUAAAUUUGGAAUGAAGUUGUGAAUAAAAAUUAAAUUCCUUUUAUUUAAACAACAUUUUUAAGUCUAUAAUUAGUUUUGCCAUUUUUUUAAAUUAUUGAAGAAAAAAAAUAGUUUUAGAUAAAUUUUUUUUUUAUAUAAAAAAAUUAUUAGUAUCGAUCUAACACGUGAAAACCGGCUUUUAUAUUAUUAUGUCAUCGAUAAAAGUUAGUGUUGAAAUACAAGACAUUAAAAGAACGUGACACUGCAUAACUAUUUGCAGUUAAUACCGAUCUUAAAAGAUGCAUAUAAUAUAUAUUUUUAGUGAAGAAGUAGUAUAGAAAUUAUUUUAAUAAUUAUUUUAAAUGUCAAAUUGUUUUUGUAUUUAUUUUUAAAUUUACUGACAGUGGCACUUGUUGCGCUUAUAACACAUAUUUUGUAUAUAUAUAUAUAUAUAUGUAAAAUUGAAAAUGAAUUACAUAUGUUAAAUGAAGAUAUUUCUUAAAUAAGUGUUUAAUUUAAAAAAAUUUCUUGGGAAUUUAAUUAUUGUUACGUAAACGAAUUAAAAAAAAUAUGAGAACAAUGAGUGUAAAUAUAUCACGUGUAUUCACUAUAAUAGUGUUUAUUACUUGCGUCAGUGUACACGCUCUUCCAAUCAGUGAUAAUUCUGAAUUUGAGCUCAGAAUUUUACACACAAAUGAUAUGCAUGCAAGAUUUGAAGAAACAUCAGAAGCAUCGUCAAUUUGUUCAGCAAAACAAUCAGUGGAAAAAAAAUGUUACGGUGGCUUUGCAAGAAUAGCAACUCUAAUUCGACAAGCACGAAAGACAAAUUCAAAUACACUUUUUUUGAAUGCCGGUGAUACUUAUCAGGGUUCUAUUUGGUUCACUGUACAUAAAUGGAAAAUUGUUUCUAAAUUUAUGAAUAUUCUCAAGCCAGAUGCGAUAAGUUUAGGAAAUCAUGAAUUUGACGAUGGAGUAAAAGGAUUGGUUCCAUUUAUCAAUGAUGCUAAUUAUCCAAUAGUAACAGCAAAUUUGGAUCUAUCUAAUGAGCCAACAUUAAAUAAUUCAAAUCUUUUAAAAUCAAAAAUAUUAAAAGUAAAUGGAAUUGAUAUUGGUGUAAUAGGAUAUUUAACUCCAGAUACAAAAGAUAUAUCAAUGACUGAAAAUGUUAUUUUUCUUGAUGAAAUAAAAGCAAUUCGUGAAGAAGUUGAAAAAUUAAAAUCACAAGGUGUUAAAAUUCUCAUAGCUUUAGGUCAUUCUGGCUUUGAAAUGGAUAAAAAAAUUGCAAAUGAAGUUAAUGAUAUUGAUUUAGUAAUUGGUGGUCAUACAAAUACAUUUCUUUAUACGGGUAAACAACCAAAUUUAGAAAUUCCCGAGGGACUUUAUCCAAUUGAAAUAAAACAAGCUAAUGGCCGUAAAGUUUAUGUUGUACAAGCUUAUGCAUAUACAAAAUAUCUUGGUGAUUUGAAUAUUAAAUUUAAUAAAGAUGGAGAAAUUUCUUCUAUUCGUGGUAAUCCCAUUUUAGUGAACGGAACAAUUGAACAGGCAAAAGAUGUUUUAGACGAACUCGAUAAAUGGAGAGAACAAAUCAAUGAACUAAAAACAAAAGUCAUUGGCCAUACAAAAGUUCUUCUUAAUGGUAAUUCUAAAAUUUGCCGAAGAGAAGAAUGUAAUUUGGGAAAUAUGAUAGCUGAUGCAAUGAUACAACAUAAUGCUUUGGAUUUUCAUUCUAAAAAUGCUUGGACAGACGCGGCAAUAGCUAUGAUUAAUUCAGGAAGUAUUAGGUCUUCAAUUACAAGAGAUAACGAUGAUAAGAUAACACGAGCAGAUGUAAAAGAAGUUUUACCCUUUGGAAAUGUUCUCGUUAAGACAAAUAUGACUGGAGCGAAAAUUAAAGAAGUUCUCGAAUUUAGUGUUAAAGAUUUAAUUGCCAAUGAUACAUCUAAUUUAAAUGGAGCUUUUCUUCAAUUUUCUGGACUUAAGGUUUUUUAUGAUCUCAGUAAACCGUAUAAAUCACGAGUUAUUUCUGUAAGGGUACAAUGUGCUUUGUGUAUUGUACCAACUUUUAGUGAAAUAAAUGAAAAUGAAAAUUAUAAUGUAUUAAUAAACGAUUUUAUAAUGAAAGGCGGUGAUAAUUAUUCAAUGCUUAAGGAAUUGAAAUUUAUUAAUCUCGGUGAUGAUAUCGAUGAAAUUGUAAUUCAUUAUUUGGAAAAAAAUAGUCCCGUUCAUCCAGGAAUUGAAAAGAGAAUUAAUUUUAUCAAUUCAGAAAAAGAAUCUUCUUCUUCUUCUUCUAUACAAUUUUUCACAGUACUUAUUCUUUUACCAUUAAUAAAAUUCAUAUUUUAGUUUUACCAAAAAUUACAUUAAGAAACGAAUUUUAUUGUUUUUAACAAUUAGAAAAAAAAGUGAUAUUAAUUACACACAAUCAAAUAAUUUUAAAUCUUUUAUUAAUUUUUUUUUUUUAAUCCAGACCAAUAUACUUAUUGACAGUAAGUUAAUUUUUAACGUGCGAAAAUAUUUAUAAAAUAAGUAUUAUAGUAAGUAGAGUUGGUUUAUUUAUUAUACUGAUAUUGUAUUGAAAUUAUUGAGAACUUUUUUUAAUAAAUUAAAAUCUGAUUUAUAUUCAUAACUUUAUUUUAUAAUCUCACAAGUCAAAAACGUUUUGUCACAUUUAAAGACAGUAAAACAUUUGUUAUAAAAUAUUUUUAGUAUAUAUAUAUAAUAUAAUUCUUUCUUAAAUAUAUUCAAAAAGCAGUCUGAUAUAAUAUUUAAUUUCUAAAUAAAGAACUUGUUAACAAAUUACAAAAUUAGUACAGCAAAAAAGGGGAUACUGUUUUACCAAUUGAUGGUAAAUUGCCAUUACAGAAAUCUGUAAUAUCAACUGAUGGUAACCUUUUUUUUUUUUAUUAACCCC